UAUAUAAGCACCACUUCCCCCUGAAGCCACAAACCAGAGCAGAGCAGACCUAUUAUUAAAAACUGGAGAGACUCUGAAAGUUCAUCCUAGCUAUAUACAAGUGGAACAACAACUCACCAAUAUCCUCACAAAGUAAAAGCAAUGGCGACUAGAAGCUGUGCCUCCUUGCAAUGGUGUCUCUCUGUUCUAUGGCUGUCAGUACUUCUUCACAGCAGCACAGCCACAUUCAGUUUGGGGUUUGCUGAGGACGAUGUCAGUGUAAAGGAAACAGACAAAAUAGUGGAGAUCAUUGUCGCCACUCAGGAGAUGGCUAGCGAGUCUGUUACCAUGGAGAUUGUCCCCAUAGAUAUCGAAAGAUUCCGUCAGCUGGGAAAGGAAGUACUGUUUGACCAAGAAUCUGCCACUUCCGAUGCAGACUUCAAUGCAACAAUACAAAGGAUCACAAUUCGCCCAGGGCAUCAAGGAGAUGUGAAAGUUGAAGUAGAGAUUUUUGACGAUUCUAUUUCAGAAACUGAAGAGAUGUUUGCAAUUCUCCUUCGAGUAGUGGAAGGAGGCGAUGAUGAUGGUUCCAACGUUCAGUUGCUGAGGGAUACGAUGACUGUAUUGAUUAGGAGGGACAGCACUGAUGCCGAACGUACGGUGGUGAGCUUCAAUAUGGCUUCUCUGAGGAUGUCCGAGGGAGUGGGUGUGGUCAACAGCACCGUAUUUAUAGAGUUAGAGGGGGCGGCUCAACCACCGCUGAUGGUCGACCUGCAAAUGACAACAUUUGAUGGAGCAAAUCGAGAUGAUAUCAUUCUAUUUUCCACUACAAUCGUCAUUCCACCGUCUGCCAGUCGCGUCUCGGUUCCAUUUCAAAUAUCUGAUGACCUCAUCUACGAGGGUGAUGAGAGGCUGCAGAUUUCCCUUUCACGCCCCGCCAACUAUUCGCAACUCUAUCGCCUUGGUUACCCGAACACCCUAUCUCUAACUAUUCAAGACAACGACAUUGCUCAUAUUGCCAUGGAGACAGCAAACAACGCUACUACUCUAUUGGAAGGAGAGCGUAUACAGGUUUGUGUCAGACUGUUAGAACCAUCAGAACUGGCCAGCUUCAUUGAUCUAAAAAUUGUGGAAGAAGCUCCAAGAGUGGUGUCCAGUGCUCCUCAUGUCAGUGUGUUUGGUGAUACACACUUUUACCUGUAUGACUCCUACCGUCUUCACUGUCUGACGUUGUGGGCUUCUGAGGAUGAUGUCAUCACCCCUUCAUGGACUCUGACCUUUCAGCUCGUCCUUGACCCCACGGUAUAUGACCUGGUCGCAAACACUUCCAUCGUAUUAUCACCCGAGGAGGUGCAGCUCGUUGUGAUGGACAAUGAUGGUAUCCCUAAUACCCCCUCCGAUGUUAAGGCCCAACUGAUCAACCAAGGCAAGGAUAUGCUCGUUAUAUGGACCGCCACGUCCACCCCCUUACAGCCAGUCGAGCAAUACGUGGUCGAGGUUGAAGGUCAAACUACGCAAGUUAUAAGGCGACAGACAAAUAUCCAUGAUGACGAUGUCCGACAUCGAUACGUCACCACGGAUACGGAGAUUAUCGUACAAGGCAUUAAACGUGGCAUGGCGUACUCGGUGAUUGUAUGUGCUGAAAACACUAUAGGACGUACUUGUGUAGAGCCCGUAAUGAUAAAUGGCAGUGCUUUUGUUGAGGGUCCUCGAACUGGAGGGAUACUACUCGGAGGGAGUGGGCGUGGUCUGCCUGUGUGGGUGUAUGUUGUGAGUGGAGUAGUGUUGGUGGUGAUGGUGGCUGUACUAGCGUGUCUGUUAGGACUCUGCUUCUGUUAUAGAGCUAAGAAGAUCAACAGCUACUACCCAAGCGAGCAAGAGAACAAGAUGAAUAAGGACACAAGUAGUAAAGAAAUUUACAAAGUAACCCCGUCUAGUGAUGGUGGAGACAAUAGCACUGCCUCAACUGAGUGGGAACUCAUUACCAGCAGCAAGGACUUUAAACUUAACAUUGUCUGAACACUGGCUGAAACUUGUGAUCAUUUUUAUGCUCUUCUCUGUGUCACUUCCAUUUAUACUGUACUGUAGUGUUUUGUUGUAUGCAUG